AUGUCAGCAACAACAGAGGCAAUCAAAUCAACUGUAAAGACAGCCAGCAAGUACUGGAACAAUGUGUUCUUCCCAAACAUGAAGUUGGUGGUCACUAGGAACUCUCAUGAGACCUUCCCUCAGACACGCAAGCUGAUGUUCAAGACUGAGUGCAAUGUUGGCAAGAUCGACGUCAGAAACUACAUGAAGGCUGUCUACGAUGUCGAGGUGCCCAAGUUGAACACCAUCAAUGUACAGGGUAGAAUCAAGCGUGGCGCAACCAAGAACGCAUACAAACAGAAGGAUUACAAGAAGGUCAUCAUCACUGUUGAUCCAAAGUAUGUCGAGCCACUCAAGAGGAAGUAA